GUGGCCACGGUCUUCGGGCCAUCGCGCAUAAAAUUGCAUAGCUUCAUAUGCACAGCAUAAAAGCAUACCAUAAUCCUGGUGUUACUUUAUGCAUAAAAGCAAAUAAGAUUUAAUUACGAGCGCAAAAGCAAUACAGGGUGAAUUUUAUUUCGUGUCCCAGUCUUUUACCGCCAAAGAUGGAUUAUCGACUGUAACUGCAGCCAACUCUGGAGAAAAUUGCGUUAUAUGAUAUAUGUUUCAGUCAUGUAAUAUCUAAUUCUAAAUCUCAAGAUACAUUAUUUAAAGUACAAGGAGCCCUGCAGUGAGAUCAGUCAUCGCGAGAGAGGAAUUGGAAAAAGUUUGCAGCGACAUUUAGAUUUCAACGACGAAUUGGGAGGACAGUAGGAAAGACUAGCCCACGCCGCGAAAUGACCAGCCUUUACGAUUCGUUUGUAAUCACGAGACACGGUAGUGUCUCGCGCAAGGUAUAAGGGCAGCUAGAACCGCGUACAGUGACCAAGAGCUGUCACAGUCGUCUCGUCUCGCUUUAUAUAACACGCAUAAAAAUGCGUAAUGCUAUGUUGAAUUCACUGUGCACCAGGAUUAUCCGUGCCGUCCGCAGCGCAAAACUCAAACCUCAAAGAAAGUGGACGUGUUCGUCGAGCAGACGUUUCUCCAGCCAGGCGACCGCUGACGUAGAGUACAAUGUGCCAGUCGAGUUUAUCCGCAACUUCAGUAUAGUCGCGCACGUCGACCAUGGUAAGAGCACGCUGGCAGACAGACUGCUGGAACUGACGGGGGCUAUAAAGGUAAACUCCGGCAAGCAGAUCCUGGACAGUCUGCAAGUGGAAAAGGAACGUGGUAUCACUGUGAAGGCGCAAACGGCCUCGCUGUUCUAUUCGUACCGGGGCAAGAGGUACCUCCUGAAUCUCAUCGACACGCCGGGCCACGUGGACUUUUCAGCGGAGGUCCAUCGGUCGCUGGCCCCCUGUCAGGGGGUCAUACUGCUGGUCGACGCCAACGACGGCGUCCAGGCGCAAACGGUGGCCAACUACUAUCUGGCGCGAGAGAAGAAUCUCGCGAUAAUACCGGUGAUCAACAAAGUGGACCUGAAGAACGCCAAUCCCGAGAGGGUGAAGGAACAGUUGCAAACGUUGCUCGACGUGGAGCAUGUGGACGUUAUUAAAAUAUCCGCCAAGCUGGGCACCGACAUCGACCAAGUUCUGGAUGCCGUGGUCGAGAGAAUUCCACCGCCUACGGUGGCCAGGGACGAGCCUUUCCGUGCACUGAUAUUCGACAGCUGGUACGACAAGCACAAAGGGGCGAUCUCUUUGAUUUACGUGAAAGACGGAGCGUUGUCGGUCGGCAAACAAAUCAGCUCCGCAUAUAUGAAAAAGUCGUACGAGGUGCGGAGUAUCUUCCUUCUCAGGCCGCAUGCGGAAAAUGUGAAGACAAUAUUUGCUGGACAAGUAGGCGCCAUUUCGUGCAAUAUGAAAUCCAAAGAGGCACACAUUGGCGAUACCUUGCAUCUACGGAAUCAGCCUGUCGAGUCUUUGGAGGGAUUCAAGCCACCGAAGCCAAUGGUGUUCGCGGGUGUAUAUCCGAUGGAUCAGUCGCAGUUUGCCUCUCUACAAGCAGCUAUCGACAGGCUUACUUUGAACGACAGCGCUGUAACUGCUACUUUAGAGUCGAGCGUCGCGCUUGGAAGGGGAUGGCGAAUUGGUUUUCUAGGCUUGUUACACAUGGAGGUCUUUAUUCAGCGUCUCGAGCAGGAAUACGGGGCGCAGCCGAUAGUUACGGCGCCCGCGGUGACGUACAAGGCGAAGAUUUUUGGCAGUAAAAAUAUAACGAAGUACCAGGGCGACACGGUGACCUUUAAUAAUCCAGCGCAGUUUCCAGACCCUCAGAUUGUUAGCGAGUUUUACGAGCCUAUGAUUGUAGCGACUGUCAUUACGCCAGAUACGUACGCGGCAGAAAUUAUGUCCCUUUGUCGGGAAAAGCGAGGAGUGGAAAAGUCGAACAAGGCCAUUGGCAACGACAGGUUCAUGUUGCAGUACGUGAUGCCGUUGAGCGAGGUGAUUUUCGACUUUCACGACUCCUUAAAGAGCAUAAGUUCCGGUUAUGCUAGUUUCGAUUACGAAGAUUCUGAUUAUGAAUUGUCUAACAUAGUAAAGUUGAACAUUCUAUUAAAUGGACUAAUGGUGGAAGAAUUGUGCACGAUUGUACACAAGUCGAAAGCAUACGAGGUAGGCAAGAAGAUGUGCGUCAAGCUUCUCGACACCAUUCCUCGACAGCUUUUUGAAAUAGCGAUCCAAGCGACGGUGGGAAGUAAAGUGAUCGCGAGAGAAACUUUGAAGCCUUACAAAAAGGAUGUAACGGCAAAAUUAUACGGCGGUGAUGUCACUAGACGGAAAAAGUUGCUGGCACAGCAAACGGAAGGGAAGAAGAGAAUGAGGAUGAUAGGAAAGAUUACCCUACCGCGGGACACUUUUAUAAGUGUACUAAAAAGAUAACAAUUUUGUAUUUAAUAAAUAUAUUGUCGCGACAAAAUGAUAAUGUACGAACGUGUGUGAAACAGGUUUUGUGUAAAAUAUCUUGUCGCUAUUAAUCUGUACAA